AUGCCUCGCCGACAAUACAUGGCCGACCUGGCCACAGCCAGCGCGGGAGCCCUGCCGCCAGGCAUCACAGAUGUCAAGCCCGGCGAGGAUGAUGGCAUGUUCGACUUCAUUUUCACCGACGCUCUCGGAUCCGCGGUCACAGUUACGGCCAUGGUGACAGAUCUGUCCGCAUACCCCAAGACCCACGAGUACAUGCUUUUUUGCGGCGACAACACAUCCCAAGCCAUCUCCAAUGCAGUUCAGGAUGUGCGCGAGAAGGAUCGGAAGACCGUCUUCGAGCUACUGGACAUUGUCUCCGCCGCACUCUCCCGGAGGGUGGACAAGGACGGCGACUCACAGAUGCAGGAUCUCCAGCACGAGGACUCCGAGCAGUCUGAAAGCGACGAUGACAAUUACGUCUACGAUUCUGACCACGAAGACUUCGCAAUCUCCAUGCCAGUUAAUGGUGCUUCGGUGGCAGCGGAGGGCCCGUCGACCAAUGGAUCGUCAACCUCGACCCGAGAGUAUCGACAGCGCAUUCGAUCGGACUUGCGUGCCGCGAAGGAAGCCGGCUUUAAGGUUGGCUAUCUGGGUGAUCUUCUCGACGGUGGGAAUGCCUACGUGACUAUCUCAGUGCGCGUCGCCAAGCUCGGUAUCUCCGACGAAGCAAUGCAGGCAUGGCAGGUCGAGCCAAACAGUUACCUUAUCCUCAUCAUCCAGUACCCGAAUGGCUACAAGACCAACGAGAACUUCCAAAGAAUCAACAGUCACCAUCUCUCAUCAAACUUGGGCAUGCGGGUGGUUACUUGUAAGCGUUACAAGCCCACACUACAGGACGCCAUCAAAGCCUUCAGCAUCGUGCGCGAGGACGGUCCCGGCAAARAUCAGCACGCCGCGAACCCUGAAACCUCUCUCCGCGAUACUUUCAUCUCGAAGCCCCUCGCAAAAAUGCUUCAGGAGCGUCUUGUGCCUAUACUGUGCUUCCGUAGCAGUGGGAUGGACUGGCAGGGCGCAGAGGGUUGGUACCAGCAGAUGGCCAGCGCUGGUGGGAAAGAUCAGAACGACAUCCCGGCAGAAUUCUUUGUGCCAGAGUGUCCGAACAACGCACUGCCGCACAUUGUUAAUGCGGACCACUACAGCACUCCCGACAAAAAGUCAUAUUCUUUCCCUCUACUUGCUAUGCAGUUCACGCUGCGCCAUUUCGCACGCUGUACCGAAUUUUGUCUCGUCUGCCAUCAAAAGCUCGAUAACGACGUGGAGGCUAUUAAGCCAUAUGUCUGUGAUCGUGGCCUUUGCCUCUUUCAACUCCUGUCGCUUGGUUUUGGUCCAAGCAUUGAGCACGAGGUUAUGGCACAGCCGUACGUCGUUGAUCUCCUGGUCUCCUUCUGCUACAACAGCGCUGCCGCGCGCAAGCUCAGGACUUUUCCGGACGGUCUUGACCUUAUGGUACCUCCCAUCGACUUAGCCGCCUACAACAUCUUGGACCCACUGACGGCACAAUACCGAGCGGCCUAUGGACCCGUGCCACCACCCGCUGCUCCCACUGUCAAGAAGGACUUGCCUACUUAUCACGUWGGCUUCGAUCAAAAAACCCUUGAGCUCAUCUUCGACAAGUCCGCUGGUUGCCCUGUGCGACGCGGAACUUGGAUUGUACUCACAAGCGAGGCCAAAAAGGGCAUGGAUCUUCAUUGUCGCGUUGUUGAAACCGCAUUCUUUCCAACGAUCACUAUUGAUCAGCCUGUUCUGGUCAAGCAACAACGAGCCACGGUCGAUCCGCAGACUCCAGCAGCUACCCGACCGGCUAGCCCGGCCUCUUCGCACUGUGUGCCGGCAAAGUUCCAGGCCUAUGAGCAAAACUUUGCCGAGCUCGAUCAAGGUGACAAGUGCAUUGCCAUUUGCAGGCUUCUGGACACCCUCCCGAAUGUAAUGGCUAUGCGAGACUAUUUGUCUACUAGACAUCCAGCAGAUCUUUCCAAUUGGGUCGCGCGUAUCCAACCACACGCAUUGAGCUUGCUUCGCUGGAUAAUUGCAAGUAACAGAUCUUGCAUCAUGCAAGUGGAUGGUGAUCUAGCUGGUGCAGCUGCUCCGAGCAGGCAGCAGGAUCGAGUGUUCGGCAUGAAAGGUCAAAUGCAGUUCCGGUUCGCUAUGGGAGCCCCUGACAAGGAACAACGUUUUAUCACCGAAGUACGCGAGACCGAGCAGCGUCUCAGCCUCAAGUUCCCAACCCUCUUUGCGUGGCAUGGCUCCCCGCUCGCUAACUGGCACAUGAUUAUCCGAGAGGGUUUGAACUUUAACGAAACGGCUCACGGACGGGCGUUUGGCCAUGGCGUCUACCAUUCGCAAGAAGCGGCGACAUCGCUGGGAUAUUCGAACAUGCACAACUACGGUGCUGUUGCGAGUGGCGGACCCCGUCAAGGAACUUGGMCAAGCAGCGUCUUGAAUAUCAGCGCGGCUAUGGCGCUGAACGAGAUUGUCAAUGCACCCCAGGAGUACACAAGCAGUGCUCCACAUCUCGUUGUAAAGCAACUAGAUUGGAUCCAGACCCGCUACCUGUUUGUUCAGGUUAGUCCAACAGAGGAGACUCUGAAGAUCCCUGACGUGGAGGUCAGGCCAGCGCACGCUCACCCACAGGAUCCGAGCCGCACGCCUCAUGGUAUGAGUGGAGAGAAAAUUGUGAUUCCUGCCACGGCCAUCAAAACUGGAAAAGCAGCUCAAGUCGUUGAUUCGAAGGGAAGCGCGCCUAACAAGCCGCGUCCUCAGAAGAAACUGAAGGUCUACGGCGGCCAGAGUAACCCGGUCGUUCUUGACGAUGAUGACGACUGUGCGAGCGCUGUGACGGAUGUGGAUGAUUUGGAGGUUCUGUUUGACGAGCCAGACGAGCCAGCCCCUUUUGCUCAGAAGGAGGCGCCGGCAGAGAAGCCGAAGAAAACUGACACAGCCACCGACUUCGUUCCGGGGUCGCUUGACUUUGCAAAGCUCCCAGUGAUGCCAGUGCCUACUUACGCACAGUCUGCGACGACGAAACGCCUCAUGAAGGAGCUACAAAGCUUGCAAAAGGUCCAACGUGCAACACCGAUCGUCGAGCUGGGCUGGUACAUCGACAUUGACAAGAUUGAGAACGUCUACCAGUGGAUCGUGGAGCUUCAUUCCUUCCACACAUUUGAACUCAACGGCAAGAAGCUUCCUCUCUCCGAAGACAUGAAGAAGCGGAAGAUUACCAGCAUCGUGCUGGAGGUGAAUUUCAACAAGGAUUUUCCAUUCACACCACCAUACGUGCGGGUGAUCCGCCCACGAUGUCUGUCUCUCAUGCAGGGAGGCGGCGGUCACAUUGUGAUGGGGGGAGCCAUGUGUAUGGAACUGCUCACUAAUACGGGAUGGUCCAGUGUCUCGUCGAUGGAAUCUGUCCUCAUGCAGGUCCGCUUGGCGAUUGCGUCUGAGCCGUACGCUCGUUUGGAUCUCUCUGGAGCACACGGGGGUGAUUAUGGUACUAUGGAGGCUGCCGAGGGAUAUCUGCGGGCAUGCCAGACGCAUGGUUGGACUGUUCCCCCAGGUUUCAAGGAGAUGGCCUACGCGAAUCGUCAGAUCUGA